AUGGCGGGGAACAGCCUGGUGCUGCCCAUCGUGCUGUGGGGCCGCCGGGCGCCCACGCACUGCGUGUCCACCCUGCUGCUCCUGGAUGAUGCCUCCAUCAUCGUCACCGGCUGCCACGACGGGCAGAUUUGUCUCUGGGACCUCUCUCUGGAUUUCGAGAUUAAUCCCCGAGCUCUGUUGUUUGGUCACACAGCCUCAAUUACUUGUUUAUCCAAGGCCUCUGCUUCCAGUGAAAAGCAGUAUAUAGUGAGCGCAUCGGAAAGCGGGGAGAUGUGUCUGUGGGAUGUGAACGAUGGAAGAUGCAUAGAAUUUACCAAACUGGCCUGUACACACACUGGCAUACAGUUCUAUCAGUUUACAGUUGGGACACAGCGUGAAGGGAGACUCUUAUGCCAUGGACAUUAUCCAGAAAUUCUUGUUGUGGAUGCUACCAGCCUUGAAGUUCUUUAUUCUUUAUUAUCAAAGAUAUCUCCUGACUGGAUCAGCUCCAUGACUAUCAUUCGAUCCGAUAGAACACAAGAGGACACUGUGGUGGCGGUUUCGGUGACUGGCAUCCUCAAAGUAUGGAUAAUAACCUCUGAAGUCAGUCGGUUGCAGGAUACAACGCCAGUAUUUGAAGAGGAGUCCAAACCUAUUUACUGUCAGAACUGUCAAAGCGUUUCUUUCUGCGCGUUUACCCAGCGGUCGUUACUGGUGGUGUGUUCCAAAUACUGGAGGGUUUUUGAUGCUGGAGAUUAUUCCCUCUUAUGUUCAGUCCCCAGUGAAAACGAUCAGACCUGGACUGGUGGCAACUUUGUGUCAGCUGAUAAAGUGGUUGUAUGGACCGAAGCUGGGCAAAGUUUCAUAUAUAAAUUACCAGCCAGCUGCCUACCAGCCAGUGAUUCGUUCCGCAGAGAUGUGGGGAAAGCAGUAGAAAAUUUAAUUCCACCUUUAUUGUACAGUGUGUUGGACAGAGCAGAUAAACAGCUACUAAUAUGUCCUCCAGUUACCCGAUUCUUUUAUGGACAUAGGGAGUUUUCCUAUAAACUGUUAAUCCAAGGAGACUCUUCAGGGAGACUGUGUAUUUGGAGUGUGCCUGAUACUCUUGAACAACAAGAUAGUGCAAAAGGCCUGCAAACAACAACUUCAAUAUCCCUCCAGGAAGCUUUUGAUAAACUUACUCCUCGCCCUGCUGGGAUUAUAGACCAACUAAGCUUGAUACCAAACCUCAACGAACCGCUGAGAGUUACGGCCAGCGUGUACAUCCCGGCGCACGGGCGCCUGGUGUGCGGCCGCGAAGACGGCAGCAUCGUCAUCGUGCCGGCGACGCAGACUGCCAUCGUUCAGCUGCUGCAGGGAGAGCACAUGCUUAGGAGAG